GAAGACGAAGCAGCUCCGUGAGUUAGCCAUGUGUUUGUAGCCUCUUCAAGAGAGAUAUAAGCAUGACUCUGGAACAAGCAGGACCAAUAACAUCUGUAGUAGAACAAUCAGCCUGAAUAUGGAGCCUUCCUCAUCAUCAGAAACAUGCAACAGUCAGAAAAGAAAGAACAUUGACCUGACAGCACACGAGAAGGCCAAGAGAUUAAAAACUGUGCAGGAUGGUGAGGAGUUGCUGGAGUGUGAAAGUUCCUCCCGCCCACCGAGGAUCUCUGUGCUGCCCGGCCACCUUCAACAACCAAUUACAGUGAAUGAGCUGAUGGAGCUGCUGCAUUACGCCGCUCUGGGGAGAACAGGUGGCAUUAAACAACCCAGUUGGUGCCGCCUCCUUCAUCAGAGGAGGAUUAAAGCUAUAAAUGUGGUCAUAGUGGAGGGUCUGACCCAGAGCCACUUUUACAAGCACUACCUUUCUCUGAAACACCUCCGGAAAAACUACUCCACUAGGGUCACCUUCACUCCAUCGUCUACCAACCUGGUCUCGGCAAUCUUCAGCAAUAAACUUCCUGAAUCAGAUGUUCUAACCCUUAACCAAAGACACAAUGGAAGCAGUUUAAACAGUGGAUUGCACAGAGCACUGAGGAAUCACCCAGUAAUCACUAAGUUUGGGACACAGAGGAAAGGAUUAACAGCGUAUACUCUCCCUCAGGAGGAGAUGAUCAGACGACAUUUCCCUGUCAAAGGGAUGCCGGGCUAUGAGGAAUUUGUGUGCACAGAAAGUGUUGACUGUGUGACUAACAACAGCCCUCUUUAUGGACUUGACUGUGAAAUGUGUCUGACAGAACAGGGAAAUGAGCUGGCUCGAGUUUCUCUGGUGGAUUCUGCAGGGAACUGUGUGCUUGAUGAGCUGGUGAAACCUCAGAGACAAAUCCUCAACUACCUCACCAAGUUCUCUGGUAUAACCGCAGCAAUGUUGCGACCAAUCAAAACCACUCUGAGGGAUGUUCAAGCCAAACUCAGGACGUUGUUGCCGAGUGACGCAGUCCUGGUGGGCCACUCGCUAAACAAUGACCUAAUGGCUCUGAAACUGAUCCACCAGCACGUUAUCGACACGUCGCUGAUGUACAGGAGAGAGUUUGGACAGAAGUUCAAGCUCAAGGUGUUGGCUGAGACAGUUCUGAAGAGGCAUAUACAGACUGAAGAGAAGAAGGGUCAUAAUCCCAUUGAGGAUGCUGUGGCAGCCCUGGAGCUAGCCCAGUACUUUAUUAGAACAGGACCUCUUCAGGUUGUAGAACUUCAUUUGGAGGAGCUGUGGGGAUACACGAUUGAUGAGGACUCACCUGACUGCGCUCCUGCCCCUACACCAAGUCUCAGGUUUGCUGAUAUACUGCAGACCCUUGGCCGCUCCGUAACCUAUUUAGGAAAGCGCUCUGACAUCACCCUGGCUCUGUCCAAUCAGCAGUGGCACAACUCUGACAAAGAGGUUCUGGCCUCUUUCAGGAGAAAAACAAAGUGUGCAUUCCUCUCAGUGCUUCAGUUUUCUUCAAUCUUAGACCACCUGAAAGGAUGCUUCCCUGCACAGGAGCACCAGCACCAGAAGCUGUUUGCAAGUCUUCAAGAGAUGUGUGUAGUCUAUGCUGGCCCGUUCCCUGCAGGCAUCUCUGAGAGGGAAGUGAGGCAGCUGUUGCGUUGCUGCGGACCUGUUCGGAAAAUAAGAAUGUUGAACACAGCGUUCAGGGUUCAUGCAGAGGUGGAGUUUGAGCUGCUGGAGGGAGCUGUGUUGGCUUUAAAAACUCUGAAUGGACUUCAUAUGCAAGGACAACCCAUCAAGGUCCAGAGGCCUGUUAAUGAGUCAACGCUGGAUUUGGAUCUGACUCUUGAUGUUCUGAUGGAGGACAGCAAUCACAUAUAUGCUGUGAAAUUAAAGCCUAGAAUGGCUGAGUGCAUAACAGUUUCGGAAAAAGUCAAUGGACACACGCUAGAAGCCGAAUGUUCAGGUGUUGCGACGGUGGACACUUUGCCUUCAGCUGAAGUCAAUGGUCAAAGUUUACAGCCUACAAACACAAAAUCUAAGCUGUGUGAGGAGAUAAUCAGCGAGACAUUUAAUCCCUUUGGCACCGUGGAGAGAGUUCUUCUGCCUGCCAAACCAGGAACAUUUCUGAGACAUGCAAACAUAGAGUUUGAGACUUCAGAAGGCAGACAUGCAGCUCUCAGCGCCUCUGACGAGCUACUGAAGAGAGGCUACCUAGUUUGUCCAUCGCUAACCCCGCCCCAUCUAUCCUCAUGGGUUGCCAUGGCAACAGCAUGUGUGGGUACAGACAACGAGGCAGACGGAGUCAAGGACAUGACCCACAUGCACAACAGUCCUCAGGACCAGGAAAUGGAUCUAAUGAUGGCCAGGUUGGACCGCCAUCUAAAGAAGCUCUUCAGGUCUCUCUCAGACGGCACCUUGUCGGUUGUUGUGCUUCCUGGACACAUUAGUCGGCAUGGCAGCCUUCCUGGUUUGUGUCUUAUGGAGGUAAAGCAAGCGUCUUGAGAAGAACAACCCUCGAUGGAGAAGAUUUUAUUUUAUUCCUACACUUAAAAUGUGUCUUUCAGUUCAGUGCUGCCUGAGCGUGUGUGUAACUUGAAUCAAGUUAAAUAUUUGGAGAUAAAAAAUAAAUCAAAUAAUAUAAGAAAAAGAAUAGCCAGCCACAGAUGAGCAUCUCAAACAACAAGAUACAUUGCCACACUAAUUGAUAAACACUAUUGAUCGGUAAAGGAAGCAGUGGGUUACUCAUUAAUGACACGACCGGCCAUCUGCCAGUGUUUGCGAUCAUUCAGAGCUGAACAGAGACAGGAAAACAGCUGCCAAUUUACAGGAUAAUUACACUUAAAAUUAAAAAGGCAAUUCAUUUACAAAAUCGAGCUCAUGAGCCAGCAAGGUCUCAGUGGAAGAUGUAGAGGAAGCAUAUGAUGCUUUUCUGUAAAUACCAACUGCUCUUUAUAAAGAGUGACUCAACCAUCAUGAUAAAAAAUAACAUUUAGAGUAGUAACAGACAAACUUGUGUUGGAAAUCACAUAUAAACAAUAUUACAUCAAAUAUAUUGAAUCAUUUGCAAUUUUAUAUAAAUUCCAAGAUUUUCUAAAUCAACCAUCACAAUACAGUUUGUGAUAUUAUGAAUGAAUGAAAAAAGGGGGGAUGCUAAAUUGGUUCUCUACUUCAUCCUGCACCCUUUCCCAACUGAAAUUGUUUUUAAACAAGUUGUUACGGAAAGUGUGUCGUAACUUUUUAUGUAUAAAUUGUUUUUUAAUAAAAUCCAGUGUUUCGCGGCUGAUGAUGCUCGUUUGUGUACGUACGAGCGAGCAACAGGUUACUGGUGCAGUUCCCCUAACGGCCUGCUGUAUCACUACAAACGCAGUAUUUUUGCAAGUUACGUAUAGCCCCUUUAAGAUGUUCAAAGUAAACAAAAUGAAAUGAAUAAAUUACUUUCAUAAUAAAGAUGUUUUUUUU